CGGAAAUACGAAAUUACUUGUCUCUUUUCACAUUUAACACCAAUUUUUUGCAUCACUAGCCUUUCUACGAAAGCAUUCUUCACAGCCACACACGACAGUCGUCAGCGUGCUCAGCUCAGCUUCCCGGACCUCCUCUAUACUCAAGUCUUCAAAGUUUUCUCAGAAGCCAGACAUAAGCUAGUGAAGCCGAACCACAAAACAAAAGCGAAAAACGCUCCGGUUCCUAUUGCCGGCCGUCGGACAGGUCUGUAGUUUUCUUACCUUAUGGCGAUGUGUGUGGAAGACGGGAUCAGUAGUUUUCCUGAUCAUAUUCUUUUUCAUAUUUUGUCUUUCCUUCCCAUUAAAGAAGCAGUUCGAACCUCUAUUAUUUCAACCAAGUGGAGAUACCUCUUUGCGUCAAUUUCUACCAUUAAAUUUGAUGGUUAUUUAAUGCGUGGUUUGACUGACAGAAAUGUUGACAGCUUCAAGAACUUUGUUGAUAGGUUAUUGAAAUUCCCCGAUCAGGUAAGUUUAGAUUGCUUUAGGCUAAAUGAUAUUGUUUCAUGGAAUGAUAAAGAUCAUAAUUUUGAUGUUUCUGGCUGGAUAUGUGCUGCAUUGUGCCGUGGUGUUAAGGAAAUUGAUUUGGACUUAAAGAAUCUUGGGGAUACUUUACCAGCUCUUUUAUUCACUUGCCACUCACUGGUGACACUGAAAUUGGAUGCAGUAGGUUCUGAGAUUAAGGUGCCAUCUGACGUUUGUUUAGGGAAUCUGAAGACUUUGCAACUUAGAAACUCGGUACUUUUCGGUGAUUCCAUUCAUAGGUUAAUUUCCAAUUGCCAUGUCUUAGAAGAUUUGGCUUUUAUUGAAUGUGGUUUUGAUAAUAUAAGUGAGGUCAAUAUCCAAAGUCCUUCGCUUAAGAGAUUGGUUUUAGAGUUUGAUGUGACAGAAGGCAGAUAUUUCAAUUAUGUGGUGGUGAUUAAUGCUCCCAAUCUUGUUUAUUUUCAAUAUCAUGCCGCAGUAGCUAAAAGUUAUACUUUGAGUACCAUGAAGUCCCUAGAAAAAGCCGAUAUUAGCAUCUAUCAGUUUGAUUCCAUUGAUUGUGAAACAAGUGCAACUCAUCUUAUUCAAGGAAUUUGCAAUGUAUGGUCUCUAAGUUUAACCAUUGAUGAAGUGAUUUUCAGAACAAGUCGACUUCCUAUAUUUCACAACCUUAUUGAAUUCAAAUAUCUUGGUGUUGGUUUUAAUGGGAGAGAAACUUGGCUUGUGGAGUUUCUACAUUGUGUGCCUAAUCUAAAGACACUUACCCUCAAUUUUCCGGAUGAUGCGGGAACUCGAUGGAAGGCUUUGCGUAUGAAAGUUCCUUCUUGUUUGUCAUUUCACCUCAAGGAGAUUGAAAUUUCAUACUUUGACACACAUAUGAUUGAAAUGGUUAGUUUUUUCUUGGAUAAUGCAAUGGUUCUGGAAAAGCUCAUAAUAAGUAUGGCUGCCCUGACUUGGAGACAGAAAUGUGAAGCGCAGAACAAAUUAUUGCAGUUACUAAAGCGUUCAAAGAAAUCUCUAAUUGUGAUUUUGUAGUACUGUUUUAUAUUAUGGUUAGAACUUAUCAGUGUCUGGUUUGGUUUUGUAUAGAUGUCUUGUUUGUGAUAUAUAUUUCACUAAUGGCAAUACAGUAUAUCUGAUGGUUGGUUUAUAUCCAUGUGUGUAUGUAUAUUUAUGUAGCUUUUGAAAUUGAUAUCUUAACCAUUGAGGAACCAGCUAGUUAACUUUGUUUUUCAUGUCAGUGUAUUGAGUAUUGAAUAUCUUAACAUUGUAUAAUAGUUUCAAGCUUUUGUAUACAA